AUGGCUUCUGCCGCGGAGGUCCAGCAGUCGCCCGAACUGUACAACGCCACCGCGAACGAGAAAGGCGAUGUCGAACGACGGGGUAGUGUCGCGAAGACUGAGAAGGGGAGGUGGGAACGCUUGUGGCCGGUUAUUGCAUGCGGUGCUGGUCUCUUCAGUGAUGGAUACCUCAAUAAUAUUAUCGGCCCCGUCAACACAAUGCUCAGAAUCAUAUACCCAGACUCAUACAAGAACUCUUCUGCUCAGGCAAACGUCUCGAGUAUAACAUUUGCCGGAACCGUAGUCGGCAUGCUUUUCUUCGGCUAUACAUCAGACCACUUUUCCAGAAAAUGGUCCCUAUUCACAUCCACCAUAAUAAUCAUCCUCUUUGCCAUCUUAGGAACGGCGUCAUACGGUGCAGGCAAGAGUCCCAGCGGUUUGUUAACAGCACUCGUUGUAUACCGAUUUUUCCUUGGGAUAGGCAUCGGAGGCGAAUACCCCGCCGGCAGCGUAGGCUGCGCGGAAUCCACGGGUGAACUACGCUCAGGAACCCGCAACAAAUGGUUCAUCCUCUUCACAAACGUGCAAAUCGACCUCGCCUUCUUCCUCAGCGCCAUCGUCGCCACCGUCGUAGUCCUCGCAACAGGCGAGCAGCACCUCCGCGUCGCUUGGCGCAUCUGCCUAGGAAUCGGCGUUUUACCCCCCUUAUCCCUCAUGUACCUGCGUCUUAAACUGCAAGAACCCGAAGCCUUCCAGCGGGAAUCUCUCGCCAAGGCUAAAACACCGUGGUGGCUCAUCAUCAAGUUUUACUGGUUCCGCCUCGGUGUCGUGAGUGUGAUAUGGUUCAUCUACGACUUUAGCGCGUAUUCCUUUGGCAUCUACGCCACGUCCAUUCUCGCCAACUUGCUCGGUGAAACAGCGCCGUUGUGGAAGAGUUUAGCGUGGAAUAUCCUUAUUAAUUUCUUCUAUAUGCCCGGGUGUCUCGCGGGCGCGUUUGUGGCGGAUUUACCGUCCAUGGGGCCGAAGAGGACGUUGGCGAUUGGUGUUGUGUUACAAGGCAUCAUUGGGUUUAUCAUGGCGGGUUGCUAUCCAUGGCUUAAUCGGCCGGAGAAUGUGGCCGGGUUUGUGGUUGUUUAUGGGGUUUUUCUUGCGUUGGGCGAGUUUGGGCCGGGGGAUAAUAUUGGGUUAGUUGCUAGCAAGACUUGUGCGACUGGUAUUCGUGGCCAAUACUACGGCAUCGCCGCCGCCGUCGGAAAAAUCGGUGCUUUUGCUGGUUCCUACGCCCUCGACGCCAUACAAACAGCCGCCGGCGACGACAAAAUCGCUGCGGGCAGAAACCCCUUUUACGUUGCUUCGACUCUGGCUUUCGUGGCCGCUGGUCUCGUGUUCCUGCUCCCGGAUAUCGGCCAGGAUACUAUUGACCACGAGGACGUAAGGUUUAGGGACUAUCUGACAGCGAACGGGUAUGAUACCGGGAAGAUGGGGUUGGGCAGUGAGGUUAGUGAGGGUGUGGAGAGGGAGGGGGUAGUACCGGUUGAGAAGGUAGAGGGGAAGUAG